AUGGAGCAUAUGUAUUCCUUUAAGACACCUGUUGAGGUACUCAACGCUCUACCACAAAUUGCCCAAAAAUGUUCACAAGAUGAACGCCAGACAAAAGUAGUUAUUGAUCAGUCAAUGUUGAAACAGAUCAAGUUUGUAUCACAAUCUCAGUCUCAAUCAAAGAUGAUUGAGACACAAGUACAACCUGAUGGCACUACAAUCUGGGUCAUUUUUGCACCAUUGCUAUCAUCAAUGAAUGAUGUUCGAAUCACUUUGCUUGACAUUACCAAGUCAUACAUUGACAUUGUCAGUCUGUGUCUGGAUGACAAGUUCAGGUCCAACAUCGAUGUGCUUCUCAGGUCAUUGCCGACUGACGACCAGGAGGAGCAGGUGACACAACACUUUAUCGAUCGAAUGGUACAUUCAUCAUUCAUUGAAGAUCUUCCAUUUCGUAAUAAUGGAUGGAGUCAACUAUCUAAAGCAUUCCGUAGUCGUCUGUCAACAUUUGGUGAUGACUACUUUGAUCGAUACUUCACACGAGUGUUCAAUGAGUGGAAGUUCAAUCAACCAAUAAGUUCAGAGACAUCACUAGUACUCAUGCACUAUAUCAUGACCAUCCAAGACAAGACACAAUCAAUCAUCUACCAACAAGAUAACGAACAAUCAAUCUUUGAGUAG